CUCAUUUGAGUUUCCUUCAUUGUCACAGACAGUGGCUACGAAUACAGGCAAACAAAAAUGGAUAAACUGGGCAAAUUCUACGGCUUUGUGCUGACCCUAACUGUGACGGUAACUCUUGUGACUCAUUGCAAUUUACAGAGGAAACUGGUUGAGAUGAAUCGUGCGAGACAGUCGGUGUAUGCAUUAGCCGUAUUGGAUACCUUUGGUCGGACAGUGGAACUGAAGCGAUAUAUGGGCCAUGUGUUGCUUAUUGUCAACAUUGCCUCUCGUUGUGGACUCACCGACAAGCAAUAUGCUGGCCUAGCCCAGCUAAGGGAGACAUACGAGGCCGAUGGUCUACGUAUACUCAAUUUUCCAUGCAAUCAAUUUGGUCAGCAAAUGCCCGAAUCAGAUGGCAAAGCGAUGAUAGAACAUUUGAUUAAAAGAAAUCUACAAAUUGGUGAUAUCUUUGCCAAAAUACAUGUGAAUGGGCCGCAGGCUAAUCCACUCUAUAGAAAGCUUGCUGGUCAUAAGCCGAUUGAAUGGAAUUUUGCAAAAUUUCUUAUAGAUCACCAUGGGUUGGUCUACAAGCGUUAUGAGCCAACAACAGAGCCCAGUGAAUUGGUUAAAGAUAUUGAAUGGUUGUUGUUGGAAAGCAUAUGAUAACUGCAUAUAGUGUAUAAGAGACGAAGAACUGAGUAAACGAAAGGCGAAACAAACAAACAAACAAACACACACACA